AUGUACGCAGUACAGAAAGGUAUUGUGAACCGAAUAAUCAACGUUCGGCAGUACCAUGGAAGCUUAAAGAAAUUACCUCGCCAUCUUAUUUCAAGAAAUCUUUCUCAAAAGCCUGCAAUUGUGCAAAGUACUGGAAGCGUGAAUGCUUCUUCGCGUCUGUCACUUGCCGUCAAAAGCAAUUGGCGAAAUUUAAGAUGGAAUCAACGCAGAUUUUAUGCGGCAAAUCCAAAUGGAGGAACCUUUCGAAUGAAUUUAGGUGGAACACCAAAACCUGGAGCAGCUUUGGAGGAAUUUGGUACUGACCUUACUGCUCUAGCCAAACAAGGGAAACUUGACCCUGUAAUUGGCCGUGAAGAAGAAAUACAAAGGACAAUUCAGAUUUUAUCACGCCGCACCAAAAACAACCCGGCUCUCGUUGGUCCUGCAGGCGUUGGUAAGACUGCCAUUAUGGAAGGGUUAGCUACAAGAAUUGUCCGAGGAGAAGUUCCGGAGUCAAUGAAAGAAAAAACGGUUAUUGUCCUUGACUUGGGUGCCCUAAUUUCAGGUGCAAAAUUUCGUGGUGAUUUUGAAGAGCGCUUGAAGAGUGUUUUAAGCGAUUUAGAGACAGCGGAAGGAAAGGUCAUACUUUUCGUCGACGAAAUGCACCUUUUGCUUGGAUUUGGUAAAGCAGAGGGCUCUAUAGAUGCUAGCAAUUUGCUCAAGCCGGCUUUAGCUAGAGGAAAACUACAAUGCUGUGGUGCUACUACUCUGGAGGAAUAUCGAAAGUAUAUUGAGAAGGAUGCAGCUUUAGCUCGUCGCUUCCAAGCUGUCAUGAUAACUGAACCUUCUAUUUCAGACUCCAUUUCAAUCCUUCGCGGUUUGAAAGAACGUUAUGAAGUACAUCAUGGUGUGCGGAUUACAGAUGAUUCUUUGGUUACUGCUGUCACCUAUAGUGCUCGUUAUAUAACUGAUCGGUUCCUUCCUGACAAGGCCAUUGAUUUAGUGGACGAAGCUUGUUCUUCGUUACGACUGCAACAAGAAUCCAAACCAGAUGAACUGCGCCGAUUAGAUCGACAAAUUAUGACGAUCCAGAUUGAGCUUGAAUCUUUGAGAAAAGAAACAGAUACCACGUCGAUUGAACGUCGUGAAAAACUAGAAAGCAAAUUGGCGGAAUUAAGGGUUGAUCAAGAGAAGCUCUCUGCCGUUUGGGAAGAAGAAAGGGGUGCCUUGAAUAAUAUUAAGGCUGCGAAAUCUGAACUAGAAAAAGCUAGGAUUGAGCUGGAGCGAACUCAACGUGAAGGCGAUUAUACUCGCGCUUCUGAGCUUCAAUAUGCCAUUAUUCCAGAAUUAAAACGCAAGCUUCCAGAGGAAGAGGAAAAUUUGCACAAUAAAAAACCUUCAUUAGUACAUGACUCUGUUACCAGUGAUGAUAUUGCAAUUGUCGUUUCUCGAGCGACUGGCAUUCCUACUACAAACUUAAUGCGUGGAGAACGUGACCGUUUACUACAUAUGGAAAGGACAAUCGGUAAGACUAUUAUCGGACAAGAUGAGGCUCUUCAUGCUAUCGCAGAUGCUGUUCGCUUGUCGCGUGCUGGUUUGCAAAACAGCAACCGUCCCUUAGCUUCUUUCCUAUUCUUAGGCCCCACAGGUGUCGGUAAAACCGCACUUACCAAGGCUCUCGCAGAAUUUUUGUUUGACAGUGAGAAAGCAAUGAUUCGUUUUGACAUGUCUGAAUUCCAAGAAAAGCACACGGUUUCUCGCCUUGUUGGCAGUCCUCCAGGUUACGUGGGUUAUGAAGAAUCUGGAGAGCUUACGGAAGCUGUUCGUCGCAAGCCUUACGCCGUGUUGCUUUUUGAUGAAUUAGAAAAAGCCCAUAACGAUGUUACCAACCUCUUAUUGCAAGUGUUAGACGAGGGAUUUUUGACGGAUGCUCAAGGUCGCAAGGUUGAUUUCCGUUCAACCUUAAUCGUAAUGACAUCUAAUCUUGGCAGUGAGAUCCUUGUUAAUGAUCCUAGUAGCAGUGUUACGCCUGAAUCUCGAACAAAGGUUCUUGAAAUGGUACAAAGCUACUAUCCUCCUGAAUUCAUAAACCGAAUUGAUGACCAAAUUGUAUUUAACAAAUUGUCCGAAAAGAACUUGGAAGGCAUUGUCAAUGUUCGUUUAGCUGAAGUUCAGGAACGAUUGAAUGAUCGUCGUAUAACGCUUAACGUCAGCGAUGCUGCAAAGAAAUGGCUUGCCGAAAAGGGAUAUUCUCCUUCCUACGGUGCAAGACCAUUGAAUCGUUUAAUCCAAAAGAAGAUUUUGAACACCAUGGCCAUGAAAAUUAUUCAAGGUGAGAUAAAGUCUGACGAAAAUGUUAUGAUUGAUGUUUUGGAUGGAGAUUUAGAGUUUAAGAUUUCAAGACUGGAGUCGAAAAACUCCCAAGAAAAUUAAUUCAUGAUAGUUAACUCAUGAAAAUUUGAGCUUGCUCUUUUUAAUGACACGAAAUAUUUAAUAAAAAACUAAAUUAUUUUGGCAAUGAAAUGAUUGACUUUGGAAUUAAGAAUUCUUUCACUGAAACUGCUAAGCAGUAAAGGAAUGGAUACACAGUAAUUG